AUGUUCUAUUCAUUGCGCCUGUUUGCGCGUGUCCCGCGAGUUCCUGUGCGAGUUCCUGCUGGUUCACUUCGAUGGAAUUCCUCGACUUCCCCCGCGACUCCGCCACUGUUGGCGACGCUGCGGACUGACCUCAAGACUGCCAUGAGAGCCAAGGAUACUUCAAGACUCAAUGUCCUCCGCGCUCUAAUCUCCGAGACCAACAACGCCGCCAAAACCACGUCGCCAAUCACCACAGACAUCCAGCUCUUGUCGCUCAUCCGGAGACGCCAAGCUGCGAGUCGAGAGGCCGCAAAGCAAUUCGCCGCGGCUGAUCGAUCGGAUUUGAAAGACCAAGAAGAGGCGCAGAUUGCUGUCUUGGAUGAGUACGCGGGUCAAGUCAAGACUGUGAGCACCGAGGAGCUCCGGGAGGCGAUUACACGAGACAUCGAGGCCAUUAAAGCAGAUGGAGGCAAGCCUAAUCCUGGGAUUUUGAUCAAGAGGCUGGCGCAUUCCCCAGGUGGAUCUCUGAAUGGUAAGCCAGUCGACAUGAGACAACUGGCUGCUUUGGCACAGGAGAUCAUCGCAGCAUGA